AUGGCGCGUGGGAAGGUCACGCCAAGGUCUCUGCGGCUGAGAGGUGGUCGUCGCGGCUCGGUCACGCCACGGAAGGCCGCCCUCCCUGCUCCCCGCGCGCUCCCGCUCACUCCGCACCCCUCUGCCCUCUCCUCUUCGUGUUCGUCUCCCCCCCUUCCGCCUCCCACUCCGCGGCGCCACCCCCGUGCAGGCAAGCAGGCUGCGCUGCAGCUCGCGAACCCGCCCCCUGCGCAGCUGCGCGCAUGCACGCGGGCCAGGCAAUGCAGCGGGGCAGACACGGAGCACCGCAUCUGCAAGAUCGUGCCGCCCGUGCUGCCCACGGUGCCCGCGGGCCACGUGCUGCAGCGCGGGCAGAAGCGCCCCUUCCGCUUCACCACGCGCGAGCAGCCCGUGCGCGUGGCGGCGUGCGCGCAUGGCGACCCACCCGCCUUCCGCAUGAGCGGCAGAACCUACUCUCUUCCCGAGUUCGAGCGCAAGGCCGAUCGCUUCCUGGCCACACGAUUCGCCACGUCAGCAGCGCUGCCAGCUGGCAUGGUGGAGCAGCUGUACUGGCAGGAGAUGGAGGGCGGCGGCAGGGAGGCAGGGGGGCACGCGGAGAGGAACAAGGGCGGAGGGCGAGGGGCGGAGGGGGGGGCUGGGGGCGCAGGGGCGCGCGGGGGGCGGGGGGUGGCGCAUGUGGAGUACGGCAGCGACGUGGACGGCACGGGGUUCAGCUGCGACCCGCGCGACCCCCUCGCCUCGUCUGGAUGGAACCUCAACCUGCUGCCGCGUCUGCCUGCCUCUGUGCUGCGCCGCCUGCCCGUCGAUAUCCCCGUUAGUGCCCCUCCCCCCUGCCCCUCCCCCCUGCCCCUCCCCCCUGCCCCUCCCCCCUGCCCCUCCCCCCUGCCCCUCCCCCCUGCCGCGUCCACCCUGCAUGUCCCAAGAGAGCAUGUGCUCUCUCCUCUCUGUCCCUCCUGCGUGUUUUCACCGCAUCCAACCGAGCUGCUGUCUUUGAUCGCUGCACUCACUCUCGCCUUCAUCCCCACCAACUCCUACAACCACCCCCCGUUUCUCCCCCCAGCCCCUUUCCGCCCACCAUCUUUCACCCGCCCAUCAUCCCAUCGCCCCUUCACCCUCCCCGCCCUCCUUCACCGCCCUGCCUCUCUGCAUCCUGGUCACCCCUUCUCCCCCCCCCCCCCUUCCCCCACCGCCACGGCAGGGCGUGACGGAACCCAUGCUGUACGUGGGGAUGCUCUUCAGCACCUUCGCCUGGCACGUCGAGGACCACUACCUCUACAGGUGGGCACGUCGAGGACCACUACCUCUACAGGUGGGCACGUCGAGGACCACUACCUCUACAGGUGGGCACGUCGAGGACCACUACCUCUACAGGUACGCGCUCCAUGGCGCGCUGUGCCGAGCUGUGGCGCUGUGAGCCGUGCUGCUGUGCCGUGCUGUGGCGCUGUGAGCCGUGCUGCUGUGCCGUGCUGUGAAGGCCAUGGCAUGGAAGGGAGUGGCACACAGAGCACAGGGAGGCGUGCAUGUGCUGUGCGCUGCAUAAACUACCAGCACAUGGGCGCGCCCAAGACGUGGUACGGCGUGCCCGCCAUGGCGGCGCAUGCCUUUGAGGCCCUCGCCAUGCGCCACGUGUACGGCCAGGGGGGGGGGCAGGGGCAGGGCGAUGGGGGCAGCCUGGUGGAGCGGGGCGAGGGGGGGCGUGCGGAUCGGGACCCUAGUGGAGUUGUGAAGAGCGAGGAGGAGGCAGGGAGGGUGCGCGGGGCAGGCGGGGCGGAGGGGAGGGGCGCGGCUGUGCAGGGUGGUGGCGCGGGGGAGGUGAGUGGCGGAGGGCGCGGGCAGAGGGGCACGUGCAGGGAGCAGGGGCGGACGCAUGGGCGAGGGGGCGGGUGGGGGGAGAGGAGGGGGGGGCGGGGAGGGCGAGGAGGGCGGGGACGUGGAGGGAGGGGCAUGGGUGGGGGAGGGGUGGGUGCAUGGAGUGGCGAGGAGAGGGAGGGGGCGAGCGGCUGUGGGGUGGGCGAGGCGGAGAGCGUGGGUGAUGCAGGGGCGGGCGAGCAGGGGAGGUGGGGGGGCGGGGCGGUGGGGCGGGCGUGCGCGUUGCUGAUGGGAAAGACGAGCAUGUUCUCGCCGCGCCUGCUGCUGCCGCAUGGCGUGCCCGUGGUGCGUGCCGUGCAGGCGGCGGGGGAGUUCGUGGUGACGUACCCGCGCUCGUACCAUGCUGGGUUCAGCCAUGGCUUCAACUGUGGCGAGGCGGUCAACUUCGCGCCGCCCGACUGGUUCCCCUUCGCUGCUGCUGCCGCCCGCCGCUACGCCGUGCUGCGCCGCCCGCCGCUGCUGUGCUGGGAGGAGCUGCUGUGCCGCCACGUGGUGGCGCUGCUGGCAUGCAGGCGGGGCGAGGGGGGCGAGGGGGGUGCGGGGGAGGAUGAGGAGCAUGCGGAGAAAGAGGCGAGCACAGGGCUGGAGAAGGCGGAGGGGGGUGGGAGUGCAGCGAGGACACACGGGAGGGGGGGAGAGGAGGGGCAGGAGGGGCAGGAGGAGGGGGGAGGGGGGAGGGCAGAGAAGGCGGCACGGCAUGCAGUGGUGGUGUUCUCGCCCUGCAAGGAGAGCGGCCCGGGGCCCCCUGCUGACCCUGCUGACCGCGUUGACCGCGUUGACUUGCCUGCCUGUGCAGCGGCAGCAGCGCCUGGUGGCGUGGCAAGCAGCAGUGGCGGUGGCACACAGAUAGGGCGCUGUGAGGAGGGCAGUGAGUCUCAUGCUCACGCUGUUGACCCGCCUCCCUCCACUCACACCGCUGACACUGCUGACCUCACUCACCCCUCUUACCCUCCUGCCUCCACCACACCCCUCGCCCUCAUUCACCCUGCUCACCCUGUGGGCCUUGCUCACCCUACUGAUCCCACUGACCCCGUUGACCCAACUGACCCCGUUGACCCCGUUGACCCCGUUGACCCUGUUGACCCUGUUGACCCCACUGACUCGAUUGACCCCACUGACGCUAUUCAAGCCAUCGAUGCCAUUGACGUCACCCCACCUUGCCUGGCGGCCAUGGGCCGGGUGGGGCGCAGCGCAGUGGAGCAGUUUGUGCGGCUGGUGGGCGAGGAGAGGCGCAUCCAGGCGUGGAUGGAGCAGCGCUCGGCCGUGGUGGCGGUGCUGCCGGGGCUGUCAGCAGCGGUGCCGUGCUCGCUGUGCUGCCGCCUGUGCCACCUGGCCGUGGUGGCGUGCUGCUGUGUGCGCGACCCCAUCUGCCUGCACCAUGCCAGCAUCAACCACGCGUGUCGCUGUGGUGCCCUGCGCGUCAUCUCGCUGCGCCGCCACACACCCGCCCUCCACCGCCUCGCCCUGCGCCUGCACACCGCUCUCUCUGCCUCCCGCAUCGCGCCCCACCGCACUGCACGCCCGCCCCAGGAGCACCCGAUGGCAGGGCGCGCAGCAGCGGCAGCGGGCGUGCUGGCAGCGCUGGGAGCAGCGGCACCGGCGCGGUGGGAUGAGGACGUGGCGGAUAUCGAAUCACUCUCUAACGAGCAUGACCUGGAGGGGUUCCGCGGGGGAUUUGAGGGGGAGGGGUGGGUGGUUGGGGGUGGGGGGGGCGGAGGGCAGGGGGCGGACAUGAAGAAUGGGGAGGCGGAGGAAGCAGGAGGAGGGCGUACUGUGGGAGGAAUGGGUGCGGUCAUUGAGAGCGGUGGCGAGGGGUUCAGUGACGGCACGCAUUGUGGUCGUGACAUUGACGACAAGCCAUGCAAUGAUAUAGCAUGUGGUGACGUGGCAUGUGGUGGCAAUAUGUGGUGUGGCACAGGGGAGGGCGAGGAAGCACAGUGUGGUGGCAGUGACUGUGGUGUGAGAGAUGGAGGUGGUGAGAUGCCAUGGGGCAGGCGUGCGUGCCAUGAUGGCCAGCAACUCAGUGAGCAGCACAGCCGUGCCGCCUGCCCUGCACCACCCUGCUUGCCACCGCCCCACGUGCCUCUGCCACACCCUAGCCAAGCGUGCAAGAUGCAGCAGGGUGAAGACAUGCGUGGUGAGGGGGAGCAGGUGGCAGCGGUACAGGUCACACAAGGGACCGCCGUGUGUGCUCACCAUGCACGCCCAGCAGCUCACGGUGUUGUGAGGGCAGCAGAGGGGCGGGCAUGGGAGCAGCGCGGCCAGCGCCCUCCCACAAGGGGGCGUGCUGCCUGCCCACCCCCGGCCCUCCCCUCUCCCGCUCCCCCGCACGCCCAUCCCAUGGCACCGGGGGGGGCAUGCGGUGCGAUUCACAGCAGUGCAGCGCGGCACAGGCACGUGAACGCGAAUGCGGGCGCGGAGGAGAAGGUGCAGCGAGGGCAGCGCGGCCACAUGACAGCGCUGGACGUGCUGCUGCUGCCCGCGCCACCCCCCUCGCUUGCUCCCCCGCCUGCCGCCUCUCUGCUUCACCUCCCCCCACCCGCCUUGCUUGCUUCCCCGCCUGCUGCCUCCGCGGCCUGCCCCCCACCACCCCCCACCUGCACGCCCCGCGCCCUGCUUCCUCCCAGCGCUUCCCGCGCCGCUGUGCUGGCUGAGCGCCGCUCUGCCGUGGCCGCUGAUGGCCGUGUGGACGGGCCGUGGGAUGGGGGGGGAGGCGGAGUGGGGAGUGGGGGAGAGGGAGAAGGAAAAGGAGUGCAUAGGGCGGUGGUGGGAGGGGGAGAAAGAGAGGCAGCGAGUAGUGUGGGCAAGGUGGGCGGGUGUGGUGGGGGGCGGUGGCAGCAGCUGGUAGGGCCGGCGAGGGUGGAGGGGCGCGAGCACGGUGGGGGGGAAGAGGAGGAGGGGCAGAGCGAGGCAGACGAGGGAAGGGUUGUUGAGCAGCGGCAGGGAGGGCGGGCGACGGGGGAGGAGGAGGGGUUGGAUGGCGAUCAUGAGGUGGAGCAAAACGAGGAUGCCUUUGGGGCGGUGGGGGCGUUGUCACAGCAGCAGCAGGAGGCGGGGGGGGAUUUGAGGAGGGAGGAUGGGAAGGGGAAGGAUGGAGGGGGGGAAGGUACAGUGGGUGAGCAGAUGGCGUGCAGUGGCCGGCAAAGCGUGGGUGAAGAGAGCAGCAGCGGGGGGCGGAGUGGGUGUGAUGGGAGACAGGUGGGGAGCAGCGAUGGGGCAGCGCUGGCAGGGGUGGUGGAUGGGGGCGAUGCCAUGGUGCCGUCAGCAGGGAGGCGAUUAGAGAAAGACAUGGCGAUGUGUGAGACGGCGGACGGGGAAGGGCGCUGGGGACGAGUGGAGGGCGAGGGGGAAGGAGGGGAGGGAGGAGGGGAGGGAAGAGGGGAGGGAGGACAGGAGGAGAUUGGAAUGAAAGGAGGAGCGGAGGAUAGAAGGGUGGGAGGAAAGGAGAAGCAAGGGAAGCAUUCAGAAGAGGAAAAAGGGAAGAAAAGAGGAGAGGUAGGAGAGGAGGAAGGAGGGGAAGAAGGAGAGGAGGAAGGCGGGGAGGGACAAAGGGAGGGAAGAGAGGAGGGAAGGGAAGAAGGAGGGGAGGUAGGAGAGGAGGAAAGGAGGGAGGAAAGUGGGGAGGAGAGAAUAAGGGUAGGAGAGGAGGAAGAAGGGGAAGCCAGACAGGAGGAGAGUGGGGAGGGACAAAGGGAGGGAAGAGAAAAGGAAAGUGAUGGAAGAAGGGAUGGAGGAGAGGAGGAAGAAGGGAAGGACGGAGAGGAGGAAAGAGGGGAGGAAAGAGGAGAGGAAAGAAGGGGGGAAAGUGGGGAGGAAAGAGGGGAGGACGGAAAGGAGCAAAGUGGGGACGAAAGUGGGGAGGAAAGUGGGGAGGAAAAUGGGGAAGAAAGUGGGGAGGGGCAUGGGGAGGGAAGAGGGGAGGGAGGAGUGGAGGAAGGAGGGGAUGAAGGGGAGGAGGUUAGAGGGAAGGAAAGAGGGAAGGACGGAGAGGAGGGAAGCGAGGGAAAAGGCAUGGAUGAAGGGAGAGAGGGAGGAACAGAGAAAGGGAGAGUGGGAGGAACAGAGAAAGGGAGAGAGGGAGGAACAGAGAAAGGGAGAGAGGGAGGAGUGAAGGUGCGAGGGGAUGGAGGUGAAGGGGAAGGUGAGUGGGGAGGUGAGGAAAGAGGUGAGGGGGGAGGGGAGGGCGUGGAAGGGGCGGUGCGUGCAGGCAGGGGUGGAAGGGCGGGUGGGUGUGAGGGGGGUGGUGGCGCCUGCAAUGGCGUGCGCAGGGUAGAUGGAGGAAGCGGCGAGUGGCGUGGCGAGUGGGAUGCGCGUGGGGAGAGGGCACUAGAUGCGAGUGAGGUGGGGUGCGCACCAUGUGAUGCAUCAUCAGGUGAGGCGGUAGCAGCAGCAGCGGGUGCAGGGGGGGGAGGAAGGGCGCUGGGCAGGAUGGUGGGGCAGGAGGGGCAGCAGGAGGGGCAGCAGGAGGGGCAGCAGGAGGGGCAGCAGCGGUGCAGCGGAGGGGCGAGCAGGCGGCGGCGGCGGCAGCUGUGGAUGGUGUGGGACGGCGGGCGGCGCCGCAAGAAGAGCCGCUCCACUCAGGGGGGACCAUUGCCAGGCGCUGCUGCUGGCGCUGCUGCCCCCUCGCCCCGUGCUCAUGGCAGCGCUGCUGCCCCACGUGGUGGCGGUGGGUGUGCUGGCAGCACCAGCAGUGGCAGUGCGAACAGCAGCGGUGACGAGUGGCGCUGGGCGUGGGAGAGCAAGGGGCGGAGGAGCAGGCGGGGCAGGCGAGACGUGGGGCACUUGUUGACACGAGGGGAGAAGGGGGGAACGGCGGUAGGAGCGAGGGGGGAGAAGAGGAAGGCGGAGGAUGAGGGGAGGGUGGAGGCGGGCAUGGCGGCAGCAGUGAGUCCGGUGAAGCAGAGGCGGUUGGUGGAGGUGAGUGGAGGGGGGCGGCAGUGCAAGGGCGUUGAGAGAGGGGAGGGGUGUUGCGGGGAGCAUGGAAGGAGUGGGCAUGGGAGGUGGGGGCUCACGAGCGCACGCAUGGCAUGCAAGCGAAGGCGGGUCGAGCUCCCGCCACUCCACCCACACACGCCUCACCGCUCCACUCGUUGCGUGCCCCUCCUCGCCACCGCCACCAAAUCGCUUCGCCACAUAAGCGCGGCGUCAGCCUUCCUCGCGCGCCCCGAAUCUGCUGAACCCCGCUUGCACGGAGCUCGCUGCGUGCUGCCCGCGUGCUCGCGCCGUCUCGAUUCCUCAUUCGCUCUCCCCCCACGCGUGCUCGCCUCGCGUGCGAUCAGCUCUUCCCCUGCCGACCGGCUUGCGGCGCCCGUGCGGAUCGCGAUCGCGCGGAAUGGGGGGAGGAGGCGGAAGCGGGGAGGUAGUGGUGGACGGGAAGCGGAUUUCUGCACGCUGCCCAUCGACACGGCCAAGGUGCGCCUGCAGCUGCAGGGCAAGCCGUCGGCGGGAGCGGGCGGAGCAGCGGGCGCAGUGAAGUACCGCGGGAUGGUGGGGACGAUGGGGACGAUCGCGCGCGAGGAGGGGCUGUCGGCGUUGUGGAAGGGGCUCGUGCCGGGGCUGCACCGCCAGUGCGUCUAUGGCGGCCUGCGCAUCGGCCUCUACGACCCCGUGAAGGCGCUGUUCGUGGGCAAGGACCACACGGGCGACGUGCCUCUCACCGUCAAGAUCGCCGCCGCCCUCACCACAGGGGCGGUGGGCAUAUCAAUCGCCAACCCCACGGAUCUGGUGAAGGUGCGCCUGCAGUCGGAGGGGCGUCUGGCGCCCGGCACGCCCAAGCGCUACUUCCGGUGCUCUCAACGCCUACGCCACCAUCGCCCGCCAGGUGAGCAGCUGACGGGAUGGCAGGUGGAGUGGAGGGGUUUUCCUUCCUCGCAUGCGUCCCUCGAGCUCUUCCCUUCCCCUCCAUUCUCAAUUCCACCACUCUUCACGCUUCCCAAUCAAACAGGUGUGGCAGGACGUGCGCUGCACUGCUCCUCACAUGCGCUGCACUGCUCCUCACAUGCGCUGCACUGCUCCUCACAUGCGCUGCACUGCUCCUCACAUGCGCUGCACUGCUCCUCACAUGCGCUGCACUGCUCCUCACAUGCGCUGCACUGCUCCUCACAUGUGCUGCACUGCCCACAUGCGCUGAUCACUUCAAAAUCUCUCUCUCAUCUCUAUCCGUCGUUGCCCCUCCCCUCCCUGCCCUGCCCUGACCUGCCCUGCACCCGCCAGUCGCUGCUCAAGGUACCGGGCUUCGGGGACAACGUGGGGACGCACCUCAUCGCUGGGCUCGGCGCCGGCUUCUUCGCCGUCUGCAUCGGCUCGCCCGUCGAUGUGGUCCGUGCCGCCGCGCCUGCCCACACCACCUGCCGCACACCGCUCCCUUCCCGGUUUUCUCUCUCACUGCUUUGCCCGUUCAUCUCACUCCGCACUCUUGCCUCUCUUCCUCGCCCCUCUCCUCCUGCUGUCUACCACCCCUGCCCCUGCCUCUUGUGCCACUUGCAUACCAGGUGCAGGCACGGUGAGAGCACGUGGCAGUGCCAGCCUGCCACGGUGAAGUCGAGGGUGAUGGGCGACAGCAGCGGGCAGUACAAGGGCACGCUCGACUGCUUCCUCAAGACCUUCCGCAACGACGGCGUGAUGGCGUUCUACAAGGGCUUCAUCCCCAACUUCGGCCGCCUGGGCUCCUGGAAUGUCAUCAUGUUCCUCACGCUCGAGCAGGUGCGUUCCGCCCUCACGCUCGAGCAGGUGCGUUCCGCCCUCACGCUCGAGCAGGUGCGUUCCGCCCUCACGCUCGAGCAGGUGCGUUCCGCCCUCACGCUCGAGCAGGUGCGUUCCGCCCUCACGCUCGAGCAGGUGCGUUCCGCCCUCACGCUCGAGCAGGUGCGUUCCGCCCUCACGCUCGAGCAGGUGCGUUCCGCCCUCACGCUCGAGCAGGUGCGUUCCGCCCUCACGCUCGAGCAGGUGCGUUCCGCCCUCACGCUCGAGCAGGUGCGUUCCGCCCUCACGCUCGAGCAGGUUGCGUUCCGCCCUCACGCUCGAGCAGGUGCGUUCCGCCCUCACGCUCGAGCAGGUGCGUUCCGCCCUCACGCUCGAGCAGGUGCGUUCCGCCCUCACGCUCGAGCAGGUGCGUUCCGCCCUCACGCUCGAGCAGGUGCGUUCCGCCCUCACGCUCGAGCAGGUGCGUUCCGCCCUCACGCUCGAGCAGGUGCGUUCCGCCCUCACGCUCGAGCAGGUGCGUUCCGCCCUCACGCUCGAGCAGGUGCGUUCCGCCCUCACGCUCGAGCAGGUGCGUUCCGCCCUCACGCUCGAGCAGGUGCGUUCCGCCCUCACGCUCGAGCAGGUGCGUUCCGCCCUCACGCUCGAGCAGGUGCGUUCCGCCCUCACGCUCGAGCAGGUGCGUUCCGCCCUCACGCUCGAGCAGGUGCGUUCCGCCCUCACGCUCGAGCAGGUGCGUUCCGCCCUCACGCUCGAGCAGGUGCGUCCGCCCUCACGCUCGAGCAGGUGCGUUCCGCCCUCACGCUCGAGCAGGUGCGUUCCGCCCUCACGCUCGAGCAGGUGCGUUCCGCCCUCACGCUCGAGCAGGUGCGUUCCGCCCUCACGCUCGAGCAGGUGCGUUCCGCCCUCACGCUCGAGCAGGUGCGUUCCGCCCUCACGCUCGAGCAGGUGCGUUCCGCCCUCACGCUCGAGCAGGUGCGUUCCGCCCUCACGCUCGAGCAGGUGCGUUCCGCCCUCACGCUCGAGCAGGUGCGUUCCGCCCUCACGCUCGAGCAGGUGCGUUCCGCCCUCACGCUCGAGCAGGUGCGUUCCGCCCUCACGCUCGAGCAGGUGCGUUCCGCCCUCACGCUCGAGCAGGUGCGUUCCGCCCUCACGCUCGAGCAGGUGCGUUCCGCCCUCACGCUCGAGCAGGUGCGUUCCGCCCUCACGCUCGAGCAGGUGCGUUCCGCCCUCACGCUCGAGCAGGUGCGUUCCGCCCUCACGCUCGAGCAGGUGCGUUCCGCCCUCACGCUCGAGCAGGUGCGUUCCGCCCUCACGCUCGAGCAGGUGCGUUCCGCCCUCACGCUCGAGCAGGUGCGUUCCGCCCUCACGCUCGAGCAGGUGCGUUCCGCCCUCACGCUCGAGCAGGUGCGUUCCGCCCUCACGCUCGAGCAGGUGCGUUCCGCCCUCACGCUCGAGCAGGUGCGUUCCGCCCUCACGCUCGAGCAGGUGCGUUCCGCCCUCACGCUCGAGCAGGUGCGUUCCGCCCUCACGCUCGAGCAGGUGCGUUCCGCCCUCACGCUCGAGCAGGUGCGUUCCGCCCUCACGCUCGAGCAGGUGCGUUCCGCCCUCACGCUCGAGCAGGUGCGUUCCGCCCUCACGCUCGAGCAGGUGCGUUCCGCCCUCACGCUCGAGCCAGGUGCGUUCCGCCCUCACGCUCGAGCAGGUGCGUUCCGCCCUCACGCUCGAGCAGGUGCGUUCCGCCCUCACGCUCGAGCAGGUGCGUUCCGCCCUCACGCUCGAGCAGGUGCGUUCCGCCCUCACGCUCGAGCAGGUGCGUUCCGCCCUCACGCUCGAGCAGGUGCGUUCCGCCCUCACGCUCGAGCAGGUGCGUUCCGCCCUCACGCUCGAGCAGGUGCGUUCCGCCCUCACGCUCGAGCAGGUGCGUUCCGCCCUCACGCUCGAGCAGGUGCGUUCCGCCCUCACGCUCGAGCAGGUGCGUUCCGCCCUCACGCUCGAGCAGGUGCGUUCCGCCCUCACGCUCGAGCAGGGUGCGUUCCGCCCUCACGCUCGAGCAGGUGCGUUCCGCCCCUCACGCUCGAGCAGGUGCGUUCCGCCCUCACGCUCGAGCAGGUGCGUUCCGCCCUCACGCUCGAGCAGGUGCGUUCCGCCCUCACGCUCGAGCAGGUGCGUUCCGCCCCUCACGCUCGAGCAGGUGCGUUCCGCCCUCACGCUCGAGCAGGUGCGUUCCGCCCUCACGCUCGAGCAGGUGCGUGCGUUCCGCCCUCACAGCUCGAGCAGGUGCGUUCCGCCCUCACGCUCGAGCAGGUGCGUUCCGCCCUCACGCUCGAGCAGGUGCGUUCCGCCCUCACGCUCGAGCAGGUGCGUUCCGCCCUCACGCUCGAGCAGGUGCGUUCCGCCCUCACGCUCGAGCAGGUGCGUUCCGCCCUCACGCUCGAGCAGGUGCGUUCCGCCCUCACGCUCGAGCAGGUGCGUUCCGCCCUCACGCUCGAGCAGGUGCGUUCCGCCCUCACGCUCGAGCAGGUGCGUUCCGCCCUCACGCUCGAGCAGGUGCGUUCCGCCCUCACGCUCGAGCAGGUGCGUUCCGCCCUCACGCUCGAGCAGGUGCGUUCCGCCCUCACGCUCGAGCAGGUGCGUUCCGCCCUCACGCUCGAGCAGGUGCGUUCCGCCCUCACGCUCGAGCAGGUGCGUUCCGCCCUCACGCUCGAGCAGGUGCGUUCCGCCCUCACGCUCGAGCAGGUGCGUUCCGCCCUCACGCUCGAGCAGGUGCGUUCCGCCCUCACGCUCGAGCAGGUGCGUUCCGCCCUCACGCUCGAGCAGGUGCGUUCCGCCCUCACGCUCGAGCAGGUGCGUUCCGCCCUCACGCUCGAGCAGGUGCGUUCCGCCCUCACGCUCGAGCAGGUGCGUUCCGCCCUCACGCUCGAGCAGGUGCGUUCCGCCCUCACGCUCGAGCAGGUGCGUUCCGCCCUCACGCUCGAGCAGGUGCGUUCCGCCCUCACGCUCGAGCAGGUGCGUUCCGCCCUCACGCUCGAGCAGGUGCGUUCCGCCCUCACGCUCGAGCAGGUGCGUUCCGCCCUCACGCUCGAGCAGGUGCGUUCCGCCCUCACGCUCGAGCAGGUGCGUUCCGCCCUCACGCUCGAGCAGGUGCGUUCCGCCCUCACGCUCGAGCAGGUGCGUUCCGCCCUCACGCUCGAGCAGGUGCGUUCCGCCCUCACGCUCGAGCAGGUGCGUUCCGCCCUCACGCUCGAGCAGGUGCGUUCCGCCCUCACGCUCGAGCAGGUGCGUUCCGCCCUCACGCUCGAGCAGGUGCGUUCCGCCCUCACGCUCGAGCAGGUGCGUUCCGCCCUCACGCUCGAGCAGGUGCGUUCCGCCCUCACGCUCGAGCAGGUGCGUUCCGCCCUCACGCUCGAGCAGGUGCGUUCCGCCCUCACGCUCGAGCAGGUGCGUUCCGCCCUCACGCUCGAGCAGGUGCGUUCCGCCCUCACGCUCGAGCAGGUGCGUUCCGCCCUCACGCUCGAGCAGGUGCGUUCCGCCCUCACGCUCGAGCAGGUGCGUUCCGCCCUCACGCUCGAGCAGGUGCGUUCCGCCCUCACGCUCGAGCAGGUGCGUUCCGCCCUCACGCUCGAGCAGGUGCGUUCCGCCCUCACGCUCGAGCAGGUGCGUUCCGCCCUCACGCUCGAGCAGGUGCGUUCCGCCCUCACGCUCGAGCAGGUGCGUUCCGCCCUCACGCUCGAGCAGGUGCGUUCCGCCCUCACGCUCGAGCAGGUGCGUUCCGCCCUCACGCUCGAGCAGGUGCGUUCCGCCCUCACGCUCGAGCAGGUGCGUUCCGCCCUCACGCUCGAGCAGGUGCGUUCCGCCCUCACGCUCGAGCAGGUGCGUUCCGCCCUCACGCUCGAGCAGGUGCGUUCCGCCCUCACGCUCGAGCAGGUGCGUUCCGCCCUCACGCUCGAGCAGGUGCGUUCCGCCCUCACGCUCGAGCAGGUGCGUUCCGCCCUCACGCUCGAGCAGGUGCGUUCCGCCCUCACGCUCGAGCAGGUGCGUUCCGCCCUCACGCUCGAGCAGGUGCGUUCCGCCCUCACGCUCGAGCAGGUGCGUUCCGCCCUCACGCUCGAGCAGGUGCGUUCCGCCCUCACGCUCGAGCAGGUGCGUUCCGCCCUCACGCUCGAGCAGGUGCGUUCCGCCCUCACGCUCGAGCAGGUGCGUUCCGCCCUCACGCUCGAGCAGGUGCGUUCCGCCCUCACGCUCGAGCAGGUGCGUUCCGCCCUCACGCUCGAGCAGGUGCGUUCCGCCCUCACGCUCGAGCAGGUGCGUUCCGCCCUCACGCUCGAGCAGGUGCGUUCCGCCCUCACGCUCGAGCAGGUGCGUUCCGCCCUCACGCUCGAGCAGGUGCGUUCCGCCCUCACGCUCGAGCAGGUGCGUUCCGCCCUCACGCUCGAGCAGGUGCGUUCCGCCCUCACGCUCGAGCAGGUGCGUUCCGCCCUCACGCUCGAGCAGGUGCGUUCCGCCCUCACGCUCGAGCAGGUGCGUUCCGCCCUCACGCUCGAGCAGGUGCGUUCCGCCCUCACGCUCGAGCAGGUGCGUUCCGCCCUCACGCUCGAGCAGGUGCGUUCCGCCCUCACGCUCGAGCAGGUGCGUUCCGCCCUCACGCUCGAGCAGGUGCGUUCCGCCCUCACGCUCGAGCAGGUGCGUUCCGCCCUCACGCUCGAGCAGGUGCGUUCCGCCCUCACGCUCGAGCAGGUGCGUUCCGCCCUCACGCUCGAGCAGGUGCGUUCCGCCCUCACGCUCGAGCAGGUGCGUUCCGCCCUCACGCUCGAGCAGGUGCGUUCCGCCCUCACGCUCGAGCAGGUGCGUUCCGCCCUCACGCUCGAGCAGGUGCGUUCCGCCCUCACGCUCGAGCAGGUGCGUUCCGCCCUCACGCUCGAGCAGGUGCGUUCCGCCCUCACGCUCGAGCAGGUGCGUUCCGCCCUCACGCUCGAGCAGGUGCGUUCCGCCCUCACGCUCGAGCAGGUGCGUUCCGCCCUCACGCUCGAGCAGGUGCGUUCCGCCCUCACGCUCGAGCAGGUGCGUUCCGCCCUCACGCUCGAGCAGGUGCGUUCCGCCCUCACGCUCGAGCAGGUGCGUUCCGCCCUCACGCUCGAGCAGGUGCGUUCCGCCCUCACGCUCGAGCAGGUGCGUUCCGCCCUCACGCUCGAGCAGGUGCGUUCCGCCCUCACGCUCGAGCAGGUGCGUUCCGCCCUCACGCUCGAGCAGGUGCGUUCCGCCCUCACGCUCGAGCAGGUGCGUUCCGCCCUCACGCUCGAGCAGGUGCGUUCCGCCCUCACGCUCGAGCAGGUGCGUUCCGCCCUCACGCUCGAGCAGGUGCGUUCCGCCCUCACGCUCGAGCAGGUGCGUUCCGCCCUCACGCUCGAGCAGGUGCGUUCCGCCCUCACGCUCGAGCAGGUGCGUUCCGCCCUCACGCUCGAGCAGGUGCGUUCCGCCCUCACGCUCGAGCAGGUGCGUUCCGCCCUCACGCUCGAGCAGGUGCGUUCCGCCCUCACGCUCGAGCAGGUGCGUUCCGCCCUCACGCUCGAGCAGGUGCGUUCCGCCCUCACGCUCGAGCAGGUGCGUUCCGCCCUCACGCUCGAGCAGGUGCGUUCCGCCCUCACGCUCGAGCAGGUGCGUUCCGCCCUCACGCUCGAGCAGGUGCGUUCCGCCCUCACGCUCGAGCAGGUGCGUUCCGCCCUCACGCUCGAGCAGGUGCGUUCCGCCCUCACGCUCGAGCAGGUGCGUUCCGCCCUCACGCUCGAGCAGGUGCGUUCCGCCCUCACGCUCGAGCAGGUGCGUUCCGCCCUCACGCUCGAGCAGGUGCGUUCCGCCCUCACGCUCGAGCAGGUGCGUUCCGCCCUCACGCUCGAGCAGGUGCGUUCCGCCCUCACGCUCGAGCAGGUGCGUUCCGCCCUCACGCUCGAGCAGGUGCGUUCCGCCCUCCACGCUCGAGCAGGUGCGUUCCGCCCUCACGCUCGAGCAGGUGCGUUCCGCCCUCACGCUCGAGCAGGUGCGUUCCGCCCUCACGCUCGAGCAGGUGCGUUCCGCCCUCACGCUCGAGCAGGUGCGUUCCGCCCUCACGCUCGAGCAGGUGCGUUCCGCCCUCACGCUCGAGCAGGUGCGUUCCGCCCUCACGCUCGAGCAGGUGCGUUCCGCCCUCACGCUCGAGCAGGUGCGUUCCGCCCUCACGCUCGAGCAGGUGCGUUCCGCCCUCACGCUCGAGCAGGUGCGUUCCGCCCUCACGCUCGAGCAGGUGCGUUCCGCCCUCACGCUCGAGCAGGUGCGUUCCGCCCUCACGCUCGAGCAGGUGCGUUCCGCCCUCACGCUCGAGCAGGUGCGUUCCGCCCUCACGCUCGAGCAGGUGCGUUCCGCCCUCACGCUCGAGCAGGUGCGUUCCGCCCUCACGCUCGAGCAGGUGCGUUCCGCCCUCACGCUCGAGCAGGUGCGUUCCGCCCUCACGCUCGAGCAGGUGCGUUCCGCCCUCACGCUCGAGCAGGUGCGUUCCGCCCUCACGCUCGAGCAGGUGCGUUCCGCCCUCACGCUCGAGCAGGUGCGUUCCGCCCUCACGCUCGAGCAGGUGCGUUCCGCCCUCACGCUCGAGCAGGUGCGUUCCGCCCUCACGCUCGAGCAGGUGCGUUCCGCCCUCACGCUCGAGCAGGUGCGUUCCGCCCUCACGCUCGAGCAGGUGCGUUCCGCCCUCACGCUCGAGCAGGUGCGUUCCGCCCUCACGCUCGAGCAGGUGCGUUCCGCCCUCACGCUCGAGCAGGUGCGUUCCGUUCCGCCCUCACGCUCGAGCAGGUGCGUUCCGCCCUCACGCUCGAGCAGGUGCGUUCCGCCCUCACGCUCGAGCAGGUGCGUUCCGCCCUCACGCUCGAGCAGGUGCGUUCCGCCCUCACGCUCGAGCAGGUGCGUUCCGCCCUCACGCUCGAGCAGGUGCGUUCCGCCCUCACGCUCGAGCAGGUGCGUUCCGCCCUCACGCUCGAGCAGGUGCGUUCCGCCCUCACGCUCGAGCAGGUGCGUUCCGCCCUCACGCUCGAGCAGGUGCGUUCCGCCCUCACGCUCGAGCAGGUGCGUUCCGCCCUCACGCUCGAGCAGGUGCGUUCCGCCCUCACGCUCGAGCAGGUGCGUUCCGCCCUCACGCUCGAGCAGGUGCGUUCCGCCCUCACGCUCGAGCAGGUGCGUUCCGCCCUCACGCUCGAGCAGGUGCGUUCCGCCCUCACGCUCGAGCAGGUGCGUUCCGCCCUCACGCUCGAGCAGGUGCGUUCCGCCCUCACGCUCGAGCAGGUGCGUUCCGCCCUCACGCUCGAGCAGGUGUGUUCCGCCCUCACGCUCGAGCAGGUGCGUUCCGCCCUCACGCUCGAGCAGGUGCGUUCCGCCCUCACGCUCGAGCAGGUGCGUUCCGCCCUCACGCUCGAGCAGGUGCGUUCCGCCCUCACCCUCGAGCAGGUGCGUUCCGCCCUCACCCUCGAGCAGGUGCGUUCCGCCCUCACCCUCGGGCAGGUGCGUUCCGCCCUCACCCUCGAGCAGUUGCGUUCCGCCCUCACCCUCGAGCAGGUGCGUUCCGCCCUCACCCUCGAGCAGGUGCGUUCCGCCCUCACGCUCGAGCAGGUGCGUUCCGCCCUCACGCUCGAGCAGGUGCGUUCCGCCCUCCAGUCAACCGCGCUGCCCUCCUCUCCAUGCACCACACAUUCUCUGCCCUCCAGGACACGCACUGCCCACGCUCACUCUAGUCACAUCCUCUCGAAACUCCGCACUCACAUCCAGUCUGCAUUCACGCUAGCCACGUUCUGUUGA